CUGGCGUGUUGCUCCGCUCUCCACUCAUCUCAUGACGCGCACGACAAUUUGUCAAGUCGCAUCGCUGGCCAACAUCAGACAACAAGGUUCCCCCGUAUGUCAAUGCUGCUACCACGACAUGCUGCUGCUGGUGCAUCAUCUCCAAUCUUGAAGAUCUAAAAAAAAUGCACCUUCUCCCGCUCAUCCCGCGUCUCACCCUCACCCGCGCACCUACUUCCGUCUGUAUCCAACAUGCCACAUUCCACAGCACCCCGGCACUCUUCUCCAAAGCCCUCCCGCCGCGUCUCAUACUCCUUGAAUCAGACCUGAUAGAGAACUUCCUCAAGGGCUCUGGUCCCGGGGGUCAAAAAAUCAACAAGACAUCUUCUGCCGUGCAACUCAAACACAUUCCCACAGGCAUUGUCGUCAAGUACCAAGACACGCGGUCCAGAGAGAUCAAUCGAAAGAUGGCAAGACGCAUCCUGCAGGACCGCAUUGAGGAGAUGGAGCUAGGAGAGGAUGCUAGGACAAAGGUCAAGGCAAGAGAGAAGAGUAAGAAGAAGGCAAGUGCGGCGAAGAAGUCGAAGAGGAAAUACAGAGCAUUGGAAGAAGCGAAACAGAGUGGGAAAGAGGAUGCUUCUGCGGAUGAGGAUGCUGUUUUGGAAGCAGUGGAAGAUCAGGCUCCUGUGCCGGACUCGCUGAGAGCUGGUGAUGUAAGCAAGGCCGCAAAUGAUUGAAGGCGGAAAGAUUCAAGACAUGAUUCAUACAAGAAAACGCAGGCUGUCGUGUGCUGUUAGAUAUAGACGCAGCAGGCCUGUAGCCUUUGACAAGACCGGCUUUGCAGGGUCUCGUCGCAAGAACCGGUGUUUCCACGCGUGAUUACAGCAAGCUCACGCGCCUGAGCUGUACACUAGAGCUCGAGGCCAAGAGGAAUCGGAGAAAGAGGGACCAGACAGCAGAGCUCUAGAUAGUGGCGAACAAGGCGAUUGCCAGCUGUCGAAGAAGCCCAUCAAGCCAGGCGGCACGUCGUAUUUCUGGCUUAAGCGCGUGUCGUAGUGCGUGUCCAAUAUAUACAGUAUCCAAGUGUGGGAAAGUAUCACGAA